AUGAAAACUGUGAGGAUGUUGCUUACUUUGUUCUGUUUCGUUGCCUUGGUGUACGGGCAACCGAGUCCUGAUACGGCCACCAUGUUCGCUCUGAGAGACUCUCUGAAGUCGGAACACCUCAACUGGUCCGACCCGAACCCUUGUGUGUGGACAGGUGUAGCAUGCGACGCAGGAAGCCAUCGUGUCAGCCGGAUCGAGAUUGGGAACAGAGGAAUCUCGGGAACCCUAACUUCUGCUCUAAGAAACCUCUCGGCUUUGACUGUUUUUGACGUCAUGGGUAACAACUUAACCGGGAAGAUCCCGAGUCUUAGUGGGUUGAAAUCGUUAGAGAGGGUUUUGGUUAAUGACAAUGGCUUCACUUCCAUCGACUCAGACUUCUUCACCGGUUUGAGUUCCCUCCGGUUUCUGAAUCUUGACAACAACCCGUUGCGUCCCUGGAACAUCCCUUACAGCUUAACAGACGCGGCUUCUCUUGUAGCUUUCUCUGCCGCCAACUCCAAUCUUUCCGGGGAGAUCCCUGACCUUCACUGGAAUAUAACGUUCCGUACAUUGUCGACGCUGACACUGUCUAGUAACUCGCUCGUUGGUGAACUUCCGAUGAGCUUCGCUGGAUCAUCUAUUCAGAUUCUGACGCUAAACGGACAAAACCUCAAAGGGUCAAUCUCGGUUCUGACAAAGAUGCAUGCUUUAACCAAAGCAUGGCUGCAAGAAAACAGGUUCUCAGGAGCCAUACCGGUCUUUUCUGGUCUGACCUCGCUGAAACUCCUCAACGUCAGCGGAAAUCAGCUCAUGGGUACUGUACCUCAAUCUAUAUUCAAGUUGUCGUCUCUUUCUUACGUGGCCGAGGAGAUCACCGAACUUUGGCUGGAGUAUGAGAACAAUGCUUCUUUAGAGGCAAAUCUUGUAAAAGACUUUGAUAAGGUUGAGAUGAUUCUCCAGGCACAAGAAUAUUAAUCAGAACAUGGGGACCUCAAAUGCGAAACUCUGGUUGGUCUAGUUCGAAACCAUGAAGGAAAUGAUGAGAAUGGGACACAACGUGUAAACUAUUACGCCGGGGGCGUGGAGGAGAUUUCGUUUUCUUACAUGAGAACUCACUUCUGCAUCUUGGUGAUGUUAACUGCUUGUUAUCAUGUCCUCUCAAGUUUAUGCUAAAUUCAUAAGUCAACAAUCUUUCUUUAUGUCACGAAACUUUUCCAUUGACAUCUGGUCAAUUGAGUAAAUUUGCC